UGACAAUAAGGAAAACGGUGCUAGGUGGUUCAAAUCGAUCAAAAUUGUAUUUUAAAAUUUCUAAAUAUGGCAGGCGAUCCUACGAAGGAGGAAUUGGAAAUUUUAAAAAUAAACGCUAAAAGGAGAGAGUUUUUAAGACAAGUUUUCAUAAGAGAGAAGUCAAAUCCGUUCAAACAUAUGUCUGAAGAAGGAGGAGCGGUGUUUGAUCCAGCCAUUCAAAGAUAUCAUGCAAUGAAAGAGAGCGCUUUCGAACACUUCAAACCAACGCUUAAAAGUAGUUUUUUUGGAUUGGCUUUUAUGAUAAUUCCGAUUUCGCUAUAUUGUUACGUCAUCUAUAAUCAAAGAAAUAGACGAGAGGAAAAACUAAGAAGAGGAGAAGUUGCCUAUAAGGAUAGAAACUUUAAAUUGAUUUGACUAAAAAAAUGUUUAUAGAGAUAUUGUAUUAGUAAAAAGAUAAAAAUUAAUAUAAAAUUUAUUU